UGAUGGCCGUGCGGCCUCAGUUUGUCGACUGGUGCCUCACGAAAGAGGUACUCACAUCCGCACAUUCUCGUGCCUUGAUAUAAUCCUUUUAUCGAUAUAGCCUUUCUUCUCUUUCUUCUCUUUUCGAAUACAUCGCGGUACAUGGUCAUACUCGCAAAUUCAGUCCCGUCUUUACAGUGAAACUUCUGCACGCGUUUGUUUCUCAUCGGAAGGAUUUCAUAACAACAGAAGCACGCGAAGAUUAACACAAUGACGCAAUUAGUUCAAAUGAUUUACGAUGGUUACCAAGAUCUGAUGGACAACAAAAGCGAUCCGAGAGUCAACGAUUGGCCGAUGAUGAGCGACCCGUUCCCCACAUUAGGGAUCUGCUUGUUCUACGCCUAUUUCGUUAAAGUUUUGGGGCCAAAAAUGAUGGAAAAUCGAAAACCUUUUGAUCUCAGAAGAGUGAUGAUAUGGUACAAUCUCUUUCAAGUAAUAUUCUCCACAUGGUUGUUCAACGAAAGUCUGAUCGGAGGCUGGGGAGGACGAUAUUCCUUCAGGUGUCAGCCGGUCGAUUAUUCAAACGACCCGAUUGCAUUGCGAAUGGCACGAGGUUGUUGGUGGUAUUACAUCUCAAAGUUCAUUGAGUUCACGGACACAAUUUUCUUUGUAUUGAGAAAAAAGAACGAUCACAUUACCACUCUCCAUGUCAUCCAUCACGGCUGCAUGCCCAUGUCAGUUUGGUUCGGAGUUAAAUUUACCCCUGGUGGUCACAGCACUUUCUUCGGAUUUCUGAAUACCUUUGUACACAUCGUAAUGUAUUCGUAUUACCUCCUGGCGGCGCUCGGACCACAGAUACAGCCAUAUCUGUGGUGGAAGAAAUAUUUGACCACUUUGCAAAUGAUCCAGUUCAUCCUUGUAAUGGCCCAUGCAUUCCAAUUACUUUUCAUCGAUUGCAAUUACCCGAAGGCCUUCGUCUGGUGGAUAGGCAUGCACGCUGUAAUGUUCUAUUUUCUCUUCCGCGACUUCUAUAAUGAAGCGUACAAGAAGAAGAAUUCGAAAAAUGCUGUAGGCAAGCAAAAGGAUGAAAAUGAGCAGAACGUAUCUAAAGAUCAAGAGAACAUCAAGGAGAACAGCAAUGAAAAGAGUGUAAUAUAUGCAAACCAGUAUAAAAUGGCCACUGGUUAUAUCUCGGACAGCGGCCUCAGAAAUCGCGUGUUCAUCGACAAUCGAGGCUUUAAUAAAUAAAGAGAUAAGCUUUUAAUUAUAAAGAGACUUCAAUAAUUAUACGUCGAGCGUACAUUCGAUUGCGAAUUAUUGUUAUUAGCAAAUAAAUAAAGGAUAUUAAAAAAAGAAAUGAAAAAUGAGAGGAGAAGCGCGUUGAACGCCUACCGGAAUUUGUGAAAGUGUGGCUUAGUGGUAUUCUUUCUGGGUGCUUUGCAGCAAAGUUUUUUUACGUGUAAAGAUUUUCUCGGACUUUUUAUGUAUAUUAUAUGUGUGAACGAGUAUAUGUAUGCGAAUGUAUGUUUACUAAUUUGUGUGCGUUGGCUAGUUUGACGAGAAGCGAAAACAGAGACUGGAUAAAACGUUAAAAUUGCCAAAAUGAUAAAAAAUGUUACUCUUCCCAGUUAAGCUACCGAAACAAAACUUAUUCUCUGAUAGAUUGCCCUUUCCGGAAAGAGAAGGCCUUUAAAGUGAUGAUUUUUAUAGAUAUUUAUACAGACUUCUUAAGAAUUAUAAUUCCGCGUUUUGCUCAUAUUUCCCUCUUUCAAAAAUAGAAUAGUAACGAACUCUUGCCGUGUUUCAUAUCAAGAGAAUAAAGAAGAAAAUACAAUAUUUAUUUUAUAGGAGCAGAAUAUUUACAACACAAAACAAAGUUGCACAAAAGUUGCAGCAAUACUGUUGCAACAUUACAUCUUGCAGAGAUUUUGCAGCAAUAUUGCUGCAAAUUCUGUGCUGUACGGAUAGUAAGAAAUUAUUAUUAUUAUUUUAACGUUUCCAAAGCAUUAUUAUAAUUAAAAUAUUGCUGUGAAUUGUCUAACCUCUAAUCAACGAUAAUAUGACACAAAAUUUCAAUAAGGCAGAAACAGAGAAUUAGUUAAUUAAAAGGAUUUACAUGCAUAUUUAUUGUCUGAAACAAGUAUUUAUUUAUUAUUAUUUUGCAGGAUUA